GAGUGUCUGUGUAAUCUUGUACUGAUGAGCUGGCAUUGCGCUGCUUUAUCAAGAUCAGUAUUUCAGAUCCUCUGCCCUAUGGUGUGAGUGAUGGUGAUUUUAGAAUUGCUGCGAGAAAGAAGAAAAGGAAACUAAUCCAGAAAUGAUGGGUGAAAUGCAAGCUGGCAUUUAAUGCUGUGAGAAACCUGAAGAGCAGAAAACUAUUCGAUACCAAUCAGGUACAUUUGAUGCUGAGUAGCCAAGAUACAGAGGACUGAAAUUAUAGAGCUGUCUAAAGACCAGAAACCUAAUUUGGGGGGCAACACUGAAAACUUCUGUGUUUCCAUGUAAUCAUGAAUACCAGUGCCUUGCUCUGGUUUUCAACAUAAAUGGAGUUGUAAUCUCUUUAUGCUGGAUGUCAGUUUAGCCCUCUGUCUUACAUUUGUGAUUGCUUAAGAUCCUAAGAUGAAUAUUUGAACAACACAUAUUCUGCUUCUGUCUUGCAUCAAAAUGUCCCUGUGUGCACCUUCUCACAAGGAAUUUUCUCAAUUACUGCCAAUCCAGGACAUCGGAUGUAGUAAAACAGAAAUUAAGAGCUCACCCUCUGGCAUCAGCUCUCCAGUCCCCUAUAGCUGCAAUCAGUCUGCUUUGACAGUUGAACACAGUCCAGUUUACCUUCCUUCAUCUUAUAUGGAAAACAGACAUGAAUAUUCUGCAAUGGCCUUCUAUAGUCCUUCUGUGAUGAAUUACAAUAUUCCUAGCAAUUUCAGUGAUUCAGAAAGUGCACCUGUAAGGCAAACAACGAGUCCAAGUAUGCUGUGGUCUGCUUCUGGCCAUAUCUCGCCUUUGACAUUACAUUGCCAGUCAUCACUUCUGUAUGCAGAGCAACCCAAGAGCCCAUGGUGUGAAGCAAGGCCAGUGGAACAUAUGCUGCCUACGAGCAGAGAAGUGUUAAAGAGAAAAGCAAGUGGCAAUGAUUGCACAAGUCCCGUUGCAAAUGGUUCUGGCUCAAAAAGAGAUGCACACUUCUGUGCAGUCUGCAGUGAUUAUGCUUCAGGAUAUCACUAUGGGGUUUGGUCAUGUGAAGGAUGUAAAGCAUUCUUUAAAAGAAGUAUCCAAGGACACAAUGAUUACAUCUGUCCAGCUACCAAUCAAUGCACAAUAGAUAAGAACAGGCGCAAAAGCUGUCAGGCGUGUCGCCUGAGGAAAUGCUAUGAAGUGGGAAUGAUGAAAUGUGGCUCAAGAAGAGAGCGCUGUGGGUAUCGUAUCUUACGUCGUCAUCGUAAUUCAGAGGAUCAAACGCACUGUAUUGGCAAAGCUAAAAAGAAUAGUGAAAAAGUUACCCAGGUGAAAGAAAUCCUCCUUAGCGCACUCAGUCCAGAGCAGUUUGUCUUAACAUUACUAGAAGCUGAGCCUCCUAAUGUGUUGGUGAGUCGUCCCAACAAACCAUUUACAGAAGCCUCCAUGAUGAUGUCAUUGACCAAACUCGCAGACAAAGAAUUGGUUCACAUGAUUGGCUGGGCGAAGAAAAUUCCCGGCUUCAUAGAGCUUAGUCUGUAUGACCAAGUGAGGCUCUUGGAGAGUUGUUGGAUGGAAGUUUUAAUGGUGGGUCUGAUGUGGAGAUCCAUUGAUCAUCCCGGCAAACUAAUUUUUGCACCAGACCUUGUUUUAGACAGGGAUGAGGGGAAAUGCGUGGAAGGAAUUUUGGAAAUCUUUGAUAUGCUCCUGGCCACAACGUCGAGGUUUCGAGAGCUGAAAUUACAGCACAAGGAAUACCUGUGUGUCAAAGCUAUGAUCCUUCUCAAUUCCAGUAUGUUUCCAUUAUCCGCAGAAGAGCCUGAAAGCAGCCAGAAGCUCCAUCACUUACUUAAUGUAGUAACCGAUGCUUUGGUGUGGGUUAUUGCCAAAACUGGGAUCUCCUCACAGCAGCAAACAACUCGCCUUGCUAACUUAUUGAUGCUACUGUCUCAUGUGAGGCAUGCCAGUAACAAAGGCAUGGAGCAUCUUUUGAGCAUGAAGUGCAAAAAUGUGGUCCCAGUCUAUGAUUUGCUGCUGGAGAUGCUGAAUGCACAUACCCUCAGAGGGCAGAGGAAAUCUGCAGUCACAGGCUCUGAAUUUGGCCUGUCGGAAGAAAGUGAGACUAGAGAUGGGAUGUGAAAUCUGACCACACAGAAACUGCCUAAUGACCUGGAAGAGCAGGUUUGUAGGAAAUGGUGGGGGGAAAAAAGAGCACUAUUCCAUGGCAUGCAUACAUAUAUGCCUUGUAAGUAUAUGUAUAAAAGCCCUUGAGAUCUCUUUAUGAAAUUCCAUUGACCCUCUCUGAGCCCAUUUAGAUUUGCACACGUGACCUUGGAUAAGGCUAUGGAGCACCAUAUGGGUAGUAGGACUCACGCCUUGUUGGUGUUUCGGACAUUGCAAUUACUUUGCACUUUCCUAAUGCCUUCUCAGAAACUUGCAAAGCACCUUAUGGACAUUCUGCCUCAGAGCAGCCCAGUGAGAACGUUACCCUGUCUCGAAAGAUGGGUGUGCUGAGGCAGGGAGAAGCUAAGCGAUUAGCUUUUAAGGUCACACAGCAGGUGUGUGGCAGAGCUGGGACUAGAUCCAAGGUCACUUGGCUCCCAGUCCCAGCCUAACAUCAUCUGGAAUGUGCAGCUGUGUUACAUCACUUGGGAAGGAUCUGAUCUCUGGGGAUGGUUACUGGCAAAAGACUUUGGUGUUUUAGCUAAUGAAAAGACCACGUGCAAAACAAAUGAGUCUGUUUUGCAUCUAAAUAUGCAACCCUGGAACCCUUCCUCAGGCUUUGUGGAAAGCCAUUCAGAAUGCAUCCGGGACACUUGGCAGAUCAGCUUUGGACAUGCAGCAACCCAUGUAUGGUUUUGAUGAGAUGAUCCUGCCCUUUGCACAGUCCUUUUGUGCUUCAAAGUUGAAUCUGGCUGCCUGCUCCUGUUCAUGAAAUGCUGAGCUUGGGAAUUCAACAUUAACGACCCCUGUUGCAGAUUUAUAAUAACUGAAAUAUGACGUCAUCAAUAUGUUAGGGACAAAAGUUAAUGUUUAAUUGUGUGUAUUAGGAAAAACAGUGCUGUAUAACUUGGUGAUCUGGUUCUUGUAAAUGCGCUUUCUUGGUCAUUUCGCAAUCUUCCUUUCACCUGCAGCUUCAGUACAGUUUCCUUGUAGAACAUUUUGGGGGCAGGGGGCUCAGAUUAUGCAGAAUAUAUAACCGUGAUGAUGGCAGGAGGGAGGGCAAGGCAGGUGAACGGGAGGCUCAGCUAGGAUCUGCCUUUAUGUACCUGCCUCAUUUUGGCUCUUAUUUUCGAGAGGAAACUCCAUGAAAGUUGCUUUUCUAGGGGUGGCUGACUUUUUGUACCUUCCUCCCUGAAUGAUGAAAGGACAAAUGAUGCCUCUGGGAUGCUUCAUGUAUGGCAAUUUGCAUCUAUUUCACUAAAUAUGUCACUGUAUAAAAUGCCUGUCUUGUUGAUUUUUGCAUAUAUCUAAGAUGCACUGAGUCUAAGCACUGAUCUCUGCAUAUAUCUAAGAUGCAUUUCAGCUGCCUAUGUGAUAUUCUGUUUUUAUGCUGUAAUUGCACUUAAUCUUGGAAAGUGACACUGGAGGUUAGCAGACUUGACUAUUUCACAAUAGCAAUUAGUUUUUCAUUAUGAACUUUUACAGACGAGGUAACUACCUACCAGAGGUACUUACCUAAAUCCUAAUUUGAAAGUCCCUCUAAGUCAGUGGGCAUCCUCUCAAGUGACAUCAAUGAGAUUUGGAUUGUGCCCUUAGUGAGGGCAAUUGUUCUCUUUAUUGACCAGUAUCUAUGCUGUGAAUAUUAUUGACUUUUGAUCUGGAUAUUUUGAAGCCAAGGAUAUUGUAUUUUAUAGGAAAGGUGACCAAAAGUGCUUUCAGUGAGUUAGACUAUAUUGUCUAUUGACUUUUGAUCUUGUACUAUAGAUGACAGUCUGAAAUCUUACCAGCUAUUUUUUUUUUAAAUAAAGGGCACCAAUGUAUUUUUCUUAUAUAUGUGUAAUAGCUACUCCUGCAAAGGGAAAGAAAAAAUGCAGCUGCAGUCUUGAAUUUAUUUGGGCUUACCCAAAUUGAAGUUGUACUCAGUACUACAUGGACGUGCCUGAACAUUUCAAAAGAGAGUCAUAUUUGGCCUGGUCACCUGCCACACUGCUCUUCUUUUUG